GACCAGAGAGAGACGAGAGUGUGGAGUAAAGGAAAAGGAAGAGCGUAAGUAUGGAUGUCUGAAAGGAUCAAUGAAUAGUCGUAGUCAUAUUCAUUUGGGUUGCAGUUAAAACGGAAACUGCAAAAGCUUCCGUGCCCCAGAGAGAGAGAGAGAGAGCGCCCUUUCCUUCUUUGUUUUCCUGUGGGUGCGGCUGAUUCAUUGAAUUUGAACCCAUUCACCGAUUGCUCUCUCUAAAUUUCUCUUACCCUUCCCCCCUUUCUCUCUCUCUAAAUUCUAAGAAUGUUUACUACACCACGACGACCACUAUUCUUCCCCUCAUCUUCCUCCCUGUUUCCCCUCGUUCAACCGAAGCUUCAUCGACCAUGCUAUCCUGCGCCUGCGAUGACGAGGUCGCCGGUGGCUUCUGGACCGUCGACAACAUUCUCCAAUGUCAGAAGGUCAGUGACUUUCUCAUUGCCCUCGCUUACUUCUCCAUCCCUCUGGAGCUCUUCUACUUUGUUAGCUGCUCCGCCAUCUUCCCCUUUCGUUGGGUCCUCACUCAGUUCGGUGCUUUCAUAGUUCUCUGCGGCUUGACUCACUUCCUCACUAUCUGGACCUAUGCCCCUCACUCCUUCUAUGUUAUGCUUGCUUUAACCAUUCUCAAAAUUCUCACUGCUCUCGUUUCCUGCGCCACCUCCAUUACCCUCGUUACCCUUAUUCCUCAGGUGCUUAAGGUGAUGGUUAGGGAGGGUUUGUUGAUCAAGAAAACCAGAGAGCUUGGCCGGGAGGUUGGUUUGAUGAAAAGACAAGAGGAGGCGAGUCACUAUGUUCACAUGCUCACUAGAGAAAUCCGCCAGUCGCUCGACCGCCACACCAUCUUGUAUACCACUCUCGUCCAGCUCUCCAACGUUCUGUUUCUGGACAACUGUGCUAUUUGGAUGCCGGAUGAGCUCAAUUCUAUGAUGAAUUUGACGCAUGAGUUAAAGCGGAGGGACGGUUUGGUUUCUAUUCCCGUCGAUGACCCCGAGCUGGUGGACAUCCUCCAAGAUAAGCGGGUUAGGGUUUUGGGACCUGAUUCCAGGUUAGGAUGGGUGGCCGGAAAUGGACCUGCUGUUGCUAUUCGGAUGCCCAUGCUCAGAGUUUCCAAUUUCAAGACCGGCACGCCGGAGAUGAUGGAGACUUGCUAUGCCAUUUUGGUAUUGGUCCUUCCAGCGAAUGGGAAUAGGGACUGGAGCUCGCAGGAACUUGAGAUCGUGGAGGUCGUUGCGGAUCAGGUCGCUGUGGCUCUGUCUCAUGCUGCUGUUCUUGAAGAAUCGUUGCUAAUGAGGGAAAAGCUAUUGGAGCGGAACAUGGCUCUAGAGAAAGCCAGGCAAAUGGCUUUGAUGGCGAACGAGGCACGACGCUCCUUCCAGAAGGUUAUGGCUAUGGAGAUGAUCACUCCCAGCAGAUCUGUCGCUGCAAUUCUCUCGGUGUUGCAGAAUGAGAAUUUCAGAUCUGAAAACCAGAAGAGGAUAGUUGAUACAAUGGCAAAAGGGAGUCUUCUGUUGUCUGCUCUCAUUGAGGAUGCUACAGGGAUUUCUGGUUUGAGGGGCAGUAGGUUUGAACUUAAAUUACGUACUUUUAGCCUUCGUUCCAUGUUGAAAGAGGCCGUGGUUGUAUCAAAGCUUCUAUGUGCUUCCCAGGCCGUAGAUCUUGAUUUCCAUAUUUCUAAAGAAGUUCCAGAUCAGGUAGUUGGAGACGAGACGCGUAUUCUUCAGGCUGUCAUGUACAUGCUUGGAAAGGUUUUGGGUUCUGGAGUUGGUGGUACCGUUUCCCUGAGUGUUUCUAGGGAGUAUCACUCUGGGGAUAGAUUGGAUCCUAAUUACCCAGCAUGGAGGCCGGCAAGAAGUGAAGAGUAUGUUCUCUUGAGAUUCAAGGUGGUUAAAACUGAUUCUAUGGAAGAUGAUGACUCAAGUUUACCGGUUGAUGAGCUCUGCAGCGGUGAAGCUGGGAGUCAAAAGACUAAAUUCAAUAUCUGCGAGAAGUUGGCCCAGCUUAUGCAUGGGAGUAUGUCGAGUGGCCUUGCCUCUGAAGGUGUGGAUAGGUGUAUGAAUUUGACAAUCAGAUUGCGGCUACAACAAUCAGGAGGUGGUUUCAUUCAGCCUAGAUAUAUGGAGCCUGAUACUUCCCGAUGCCUUCUGAAAGGGAUGAAUAUCCUCCUUGCAGAUGUUCAUGGUUUCAACCAAUCCAUUACAAGAAAGCUUCUGGUAAACUUGGGAUGCCAUAUAGCAGUUGUAAAUUCAUGGCAUCAAUGCUUAGAAACAAUUCACAUGGGUGGAAACAACCAUCACCUGCUGCUAAUAGACCUAGGUAUUCUUGAGGAAGAUGGAAUCGAGAUGUUUGCUCGAAUAAGAAAACUAAGAUUGGAAACUAGUUUGCUGAUAGUUGCAUUAACAUCCAGACCUGAUAGGAAUACACGUGAUGUGUGUCUUGGGAAUGGGAUCCAUGGGGUUAUUUGUAAACCUGUUAUACUGCCGGAGUUGGAAGAUGAGCUGCAGAGAGUUUUCCGAAGUGCUGGUACUGUCCCCUCCUUUUUGCAAUGAGGAUUAACAAGUAACAAUAAAUCAUCCUGCAAAGUUCUGGCAUCCUUUCAUAGUGAUUAGAGUAUGAAAAUGAAUCUCUCUCUCUCUCUCUCUCUCUGUGUUACUGUUACCAAAAUGAAGUUUGUCAUUUUACAUGA